AUGCUUUUAUGGUUGCAUCAAAAGACACCACUAUUGGCUGAGUUGGUGAUGGGCAGCACUCCCAGCAUGAUUAAUUUACCUGGGCUGCGCACAAAUGACUCUGCUCGUGUUGUUGCCCAGACUCUCCUUGACGUACAUCGACGCUGCUUCUGUUCAGAGCGCGCUUCUGCGUUGGCUUUAACCUUGCAGGGUUCAUCUCAGCAUCAUGGACAGCUGUCUCGCAACCACUUCAUUCAACCACAUCACCAUCAUCAUCAUCAUCAUAGUCAUCAUUAUCUUCCCCAGCACCAGGUUUAUCCGUCUCAAUCACCUAAUGCUUUUUCUUUAUCCGGCACUCCCAUACUAUCAUCUUUUCCUGCUUCCGGACUGCCUUAUUACACUCGGCCGCCACCUCUAAUUUCGCCAGCGUCGACGGUUCCAUUAUCAGGGAUUGAGCUUUCCCCCUCCCCAUCUGCAUCAAUAUCCAUUAAAAUGAACACCUGCCGUCCCUCGUGUCUGUCUAUCUCGGCAUCUGGCCAAUCUGUUACAACUUCCGAGGAGUCUCAUCAUUCACGUCCUAUGACUUUGGGUUCCCCACGUCCGCCUACUGCUCCUCCUGUGCCACCAACUUUAUCAUCACAUUCUUCGAGUUACUCUGCUAACCAAAUUCCUUAUCAACAAACUCUCCGUCAUCAUAAUCAACAAUAUUCCCAUUACCAUCAGCAACAAAGCUCCUAUCCCCAGCAUUUAAUUUCUCAAUCAGAUCACUACCGCUUUCAGGCAAAUUUAUAUCCUCAAUCUCAUCUGGCCACUUCUCUUUCUCCUGGUCACCCAUCCAAUCGGCCACAUAGAACGCUUUCUAGUACUACCUCCGCUUCGAUUCAGUCAUCUGAACCCAUUGGCUCUAAUUAUUCUUGCUCGCUCUAUUCGCAGGGUAUAGAAUCCUUACCGAAGCAUCUACAAUUGCAGCCACAUGUCCCCUAUUCUUCUGCUUUUUCCCCUUCUGUGUCCUCCAUUCCCUGCCAGAGUCAACCCAAUACCUAUUUUAACCCAUACACUACUUCUUUACCUCAUCAAUCUUCCGAAGCUACGCUGAAUGCCCAUCCACAUGGAUUUAGCCAUUCAGGCGUACCAGUAGGAAAUGAGCCUCAACUUAGUUCCCAUCCUUCAUCUUCCUCUUUCGCACCUCCAUGUGCCUACUCAUUUUCUCACUCUAACUACAAACCAUCAUCCACGAACCCCUAUCCUCAGUUUGCUUCUCCCUCUGGAAUGGUCACCUCCCGAGCUGGCCUAAUCCAGUCUCCGAUUGCCUUCGUUCAUAAUCCCGGUCAUUAUUCUUACACCCCGUCAGCCACAAACUCCUUUAACUCUUCUUGUUCAACUCAGGUCCUACAGAAAGCGGCUUGCCAAAUACCUUAUCAGGGACCCCCACCGCUCACACCCUGUUCCUCUUCGUCUUCAUUAUCCACUGCCUCCCUACCGGUGUCAGCUGGCAGCCUUCGUUCAGGGCUCCCUGCUCCGAGUUUCGUAGAUGGCCAGCCUUCCUUUCAUCGGCCUCUGCAACACUCUUCGCCAGACAUGCCUGCUUCCUUGCUUCACGACACUUCCCCUAACUCCCUCUCCUCUCCUUCCCCGCCUCCGUCCGGAUCUACUUAUUUCCAUCCCCAUCUUCACCAUUCUUCGAAUCACCACACUCAUCUUUCUCAGUCAGACCAUCAUAAUGUCGGCCAAGCCUGGAUAUCACGAGCAUCAGGCAAGGCUCUCUCUCCCACCAGAAUCGAAUCUACUUGCGGCGAAGAAGCUUCCCCUGUCGUCGACACCGAGACUAAUUGUGUAUAUGCCAUUGGCAUUGAUCGUUAUGGUAUCGAGGGUGCUUCAGGUUCACCGACAUCGCCUCGGUCUCUGACGCCACGUUCUCCUUCGAACAUUUCAUCUUCCUCUUCUUCCGGAUAUGGGAGCAUGGCUGUUCCAAAACGGCCUACUAGUGUGGAUCUAGACGAGUAA